AAACUUGUUUACAAAGAAAUGUUUUUAAACAUAUAUCAAAAAUAGCACUUAGUAUUUUGAAGAAACAAUUUAGUGGAGGUAUAAAUAGUUCUAAUCUUUUAUAUAUACAACUUAAUCUAUAUCGAAAUAAAGAGAAUCCUUUUGAUGAUCUAUAUAUGAAAAAUAUGAAUAAUUUUAUCAAUUGGUGGACAUCAUUAGAAUUAAAAAAAGGUGAGGAUCCUAUUAGAAAACUUGCUUUUAAAAUACAUGCAAUUGUAUCACAUAAUGCAAUUUGUAAGCGGAUAUUUUCAGUUUUAGGAUGGUUUAUAGGAAAACGACGUACUAAAAUUAGUAGCAACCGUUUGCAAUCGAUGAUACAAAUGCAUUCGUAUCUUGUAACAAAUGCUAAAACAGAAUUAAGAUUUUUAAAUAAUAGAAUCACUAUAGAAGAACUUGAUAAAACUUUUAAUCAAGUUACUAUAGCAAUGAAUAGUAAUAGUGAUUUAUUUAAUUAUAAUGAGCUUGAUAUUAAUGUUACGCUUAAAAAUCAUGAAAUUGUAGACUUAGAAGGAAUUAAUAAUAAUAAUUUAGAAAUUUCUGAUUUUAUUGAUUUAUCAGCAAAUUUACUUGCAGAUAAUAAUAAUUCUAAUGAUCAAGAUUUUGAGGAAGAAAAUGUAAUUAUUGAUCAUGGAAAUCCAAAUUUUGAUAUUGAUGAAUUGAUAAAUAGUUUUGAAAAUAUUUAA